AUGUCUUCGACCGAGCGUCUUCGGAAGGUGCGUGGGACAGUCAGGGCCAGCGUCUCACGAAAUAUUACGCUCCUGGCAGGACUACUGCAGGACCCCGACACCGAGGCGCGCGAGGUCAACAGGCAAGUCGCCGUUUUGAAGGCUAAGGAAGCUGAGCUCCGCCAGCUAGACAAGGACAUUCUCGAUCUCACAGAAGACGAGGCUAUUGAAGGAGAAGUUGAGGGCGCAAACGACUACCGCGAGAAGAUUCUGUACGCGAUUGCUGAUGCGCAGUUCUUCCUGUCACAGCGUCAACAGGCGACCGGUCUCAGCGGCCCGUCUAGGAGUGAACCCAAUGACGAGCGGGUAGCAGCCACCCAGAGCAACAUCGGAUCUGCUGGGGCGCCGCCAGGACCCGUCAGUACGCCACGCUACCGGUCGGUCGCGCUUCCGACGCUUCAGGUCCCGACGUAUGCCGGAGAUUUACGUCAGUGGCAAGAAUUCUGGGACCAUUACAGUGCCACGAUUCACGAGAACACCGAGUUGCCGCCCAUCGAGAAAUUUAAGUAUUUGCUGACGUACCUGACGGGAGCGGCCAAGCGAGCUAUCGAAGGCAUCAGGCUGGCUGAUAACAACUAUGAAAUUGCCGUGACAACACUGAAAGAGCGCUUCGGUCGACAGGAAUUACUAGUCAACGAGCACAUCGACCAGCUUCUUGCAUUGUCGCCCGUGAGGAGUUCCAAGGAAGUGGAGAAGCUUCGUGUGCUUCAUGACACCGUGCGUUUCCGCGUGCGGAACGCGCAGUCAUGUCGCGAAAUUUUGCCGAGUUUCCCGGAACCUCACGUGCAACAAGUGCCGACGCCGACACCUAACGGUCCUCUGCGAAUUGUCACGCGCUGUCGCAAUGACCGCUUCUCCAAGAACGACCGAGCAGCUGGUUACGUCUGGAACUACUUCCCGGACAGUAACCACGGCUUCAACUGGUAA